CCCGAGUCAAGGAACUGUACCUAAGCUUACAUCUAUCUGCCCGGAUGACCCUUUCUAGGCAGUAAAGCGUCGAGUUCUGCAUUGGGUCCGGUCGGGCCAGAUUCAGCGCCGUCUGAUCUACCAUUGACGAAUACAGCUCGCGCGACCUUGAGUCUCCGAGCUGUGUCCUGAUCGACUACCACCAGUUUCCGCGCAUCGCUCGUUGCAAGCUCGCGGUUACCGUCUCGUUGUUCUCCAGGAACUCAGGCAACAAGCAGGCCCCACGCCGGACACCCUCCUGCCUUCGCAAUGCCAUCAAUACUGAGCGACGACGACCGCGAGACCGUCAAGCGCUUCGUACCCAAGCAGACCAACAAAAUCCAUGCCGUUGCUGUCGCUCGCCUUUACAUAGCUUACCCCAACCCUUCAAAAUGGACUUAUACGGGCUUGCAAGGCGCCGUUGUCUUGGCGAAUGACCUCGUCGGCAACACUUUCUGGAUCAAGAUGGUGGACAUCUCUCCCGGAAACCGCGGGGUAAUAUGGGACCAGGAAAUCUUUGAGAAUUGGAACUACAACCAAGACCGCGUCUUUUUCCAUACCUUCGAGCUAGAGGAAUGCCUGGCUGGAUUGUCCUUUGUCGAUGAGAAGGAGGCCAAGCAGUUUCUGAAGAAGAUGAACGACAGAGAGAAGAACGCAAGCAAGGCGACCUUGAAGACGCCGUUUGGAGGCGCCCCUGCGACAAACCACCACAAGCAUCAUCACGGAUUCCUUGGCAGCCUUUUCGGGGGUCAUCGGCAUUCAUCAGCUCCCACGCCACCCGAGUCGCCCCGGGUAUCCGCGCCAACAAGGGAUCACCGGUCCGGCAGCGUGAAUGGGUACCACGAGCCCGCCGCGCCCUCAGGAUUCGAAAAGCUAGACGCCUUCGAUCCCCAAUGGAGAGAGCAUUUUGGGGAAGACUUGAAGUCAAAGGGCCUGACGGACGACUUUAUCCGCGAAAACCAAGAUUUCAUCGUCGACUUCUUAAAGCAGGAGCAGGCAGCCCAGGCCCAGCAGGAGCCAGUAUCAUCACCUCCCCCGCCCCCGCCUCCGCCGGUCAAUGGGACUGGGACAGGGCUGAGAGCGCCACCACCACCUCCUCCAUCCGCGCCAGCACACCGAUCGGUUUCGGAAACGGUCACGGCCCCUCCAGCUCCUAAAAGAGGACCUGCCCCUCCGCCACCUCCGGCGCCGAGACGGUCCGGCAAGUUGGAGACUUCCGGGGCAGAUUCAACGCCUCCCCGAGACUCACCGCCGCCGCCCGUCCGUCCCCGGUUUGCUGUGCCACCGCCUAUUGCGGAUGCUGGAAAGUUCGCGCGUAUUGAUGCUCCCCGUUCUGUCCCGCCGCCUCCUGCUCCGGGACCACCACCGCCACCUCGACCGCCUAAGACGCCGAUCGAGAGUGCAGAGCCGGCACAGCGCUAUGGGGUUCCUCCGCCCUUCAGCGGCCAACGGAACGUGCCUCCUCCGCCCCCCAGCCGGGGUGCCGUUCCUCCUCCGCCUCCAUCCCGGGAGACAGCCCCAGUCCACACCCAAGCUCCCCCGCCUCCGCUGCCCCCCAAGGCGCCUUCCACAAGUGCACCCCCACUCCCACCACCGAGCUCACGCCCUCCUCCAACACUACCGGUCAGAGGCGCGACUCCUGCCCCACCGCCCCCCCCGCCGUUGCCUUCGUCGAACGCUCCUCCUGCGCCGCCUCUACCUACCUCAAGCGCACCGCCCGCACCACCCCCUGCUCCACCUCUGCCUUCAUCAAACGCACCACCCGCGCCCCCUCCUCCUCCUCCUCCGCCCGUUUCUGGAGGCCCGCCGCCGCCGCCGCCUCCCCCUCCUCCUCCCGGGCCAGGCAUCAGCGGAAUCCCCCCCCCGCCGCCGCCUCCGCCGCCCGGAGCUGGCAUCCCCCCGCCGCCACCACCUCCCCUUCCGCCGAACCGCGACUCCGGCUACUCUUCAAGCGCUCCAGCUCCCGCUAUACCUCCAGCCGACCCCAGCCGUGCCGCCGUCCUCGACAGCAUCCGUGGCGCCGGGGGUAUCGCAGCGCUCAGGAAGGUCGACCGCAGCCAGAUUCGCGACCGCAGCGCAGCCCUCGUCCCCGGUGCGGGGGAUUCCGGCCCGCAUGGCAGCGGAUUGCCACCAGCGGGUGUGGCGCCCACGGGCGCCGGAGGUGGUAUGGCUGACGCGCUGGCUGCUGCGUUGCAGAAACGGAAGGAGAAAGUCAGUCGUAGUGAUGAUGAGGAUGACGAUGAUGAUUGGUGAUGUGGUGCGCUGGGCUCGUAUCCAGUUGCCUCUGCGAAUGGGCGCAACCUAGUUUGAAAGGAAGGAAUGGGAAAGUUGAGAAUGUUUACAGGAACCCAGGAGCAGAGGAAGAAGCAAUCGAAGUAUCGACCCUAGGGAGUAUCGCGUAGGACUUGUCUCGGGGUUCUCCCCAAAAUUCAAAGGAAGGGAUAUUCUUCAGGUACAAUAGGUAGUUGGAAAGGUAAUGGCAAGAGCCUUAUCACACUCGAUUGCUC